GACCUAGGCUGGACAGAAGGAAAAAAAAUACUAUGUAGAAGACAAAAGUAUAAUAAUUUUAAGAGGUGAUAAAAGAGCAGGAAAGGGACUAGUGCCUUUCAAACCCUCUAGGUUGGUUCCCAAGCUGUGAGUUUUUGUUUAACUGGUAAAGGUGACAGUUGAGGGGAAGUGACAGUGGAUAAUAGCACAUAAUUUGCAGUGACAAAGAUGAUUACGAACAUUCAUAAUAUAGGAUGGUGGUAGUGGAAAGAGAGGGUAUAAGAGUUAAGCAGGCCUGAAUUUCAAUGCUAGUCAUGUGAUCUUGAAAACAUUUCUUAACUUCCCCAUGGUUGAUUUUCUUCUAUAAAAUUAGGAUAACAAAUAUUUACCUUACAGGGGAGAAUUAGAGCAUAGGAAAGAACUUGAUAAACAUUCAGUAAGUGAUAGCUCUUCAAUAAAAACCUUUUGUUAAGAUCCUACUGUGUGCUUUCCACUGUGAUUCUGUGGCUUUUAAUCUUUGGCAGACUAUGGGAAAGAUGAAUUGUACUUAGAAAGAUGAUCGAGGAGCACUUCAAAGCCCCAGUUCAAAAUUAUUUCUUCUCUCUCUCUCUCACUCUCACACAUACACACCCAAGAACACUUUCGCCCUACCAAUUAGGUAGGAAUUUUAAGUUAACAAGAUACUUUUUUAAAAAAAUACAGUGUCCUUUGGAUAGGCAAAUCACCUUCACACUUCAGUGUGAUCAGUUCUUUGCUUAGUGAAAAGUUGCUGGGUUCUCUUGGAAUUGGAAGAAGGCAAUGUGAAUUAGGAACUUCUUGAAGGUACUCAGUAUGAUUGGAAGGUGGGAAGGAAGGAGGAAGUAAGGGGCGACAUAGAGAACGAGAAACAAAGAGAAAAGAGGCCACAAAUAUUAAUAAGUAGUGGUUCUUACUUGGACUUUCCCCUUGGAGGGGACCUUUCUGUCACCUGAUAACCUCUUAGGAAGAUAAUUGACAUUUAAAUUGUGAAGCCUGUCAGUUGAGAAAAAUGUUGAGACAAGUCUCAAUCAUUUUAGGACGUUUAUUUGCCAAAAUUAAGGACGCGCGCCGGCUAUGCCUUUCUGGGAAGAUGAUUUUGAGGGCUCCAAAUUUAAAGGGGAAAGGGUGGGAUACUGAGAAAUACAGUUUUCAUGUGAGAGGUUGGCAGGGGGAAAAUAAUCAUUCAUGCCUCUGUCUGGCAUAGUGAGUCUGAAUCUGCAUUUUUACAUAAGAUAACAUAGAUAAAUGGGGCAGGAGAACAGUCAGAUAUGCAUUUGUGUCAGGUGGGCAGAGGCUGAAAACGGAAGUUAUCCAUUUAUAUUCCCAUGGUAAAUUUUAAUAUAAACACUUUAGGGUAAAGAUCUUGGCGCUCACUGAGAAUUUCCUUGUGGGCAAAAUAUGAGCGACGUGUGUAGCUUUUCAUCUGGUAGCCAUCUCAUUCAAAAACCAAGAGGCAAGGCAGUUUUGUGUGACCCAGUUCCCAGCUUAACUUUUCCCUUUGGCUUAAUGAGUUUGGGGAUCCGAGAUUUAUUUUCCUUUCACAAGCCUAUGCCAAACUCAGAUUCCUUCCUUUCAUCCCUGUUUCAUCUGUUCAGGCUGGUUAGUUCCCCUUUCCAAUCCACACAGAGUAAAACAGAAAAGACAGUGAGAAGCUAUGUGUGCAGGACUCUUCGGCGCUCCACUCCAUCUCAAGAAACUUUUGGAUUUCUUUGUUUGUUUUUUCUAUUCAUGGGUCUUUUAAAGAGGCAAUCCCACUUCUCCAUUUCCACUUCCUAAUAAAGAAUGCUAAGUAACUUAAGGAUUGUAUUUAAAUUAUGUAGCUAUUCAAUCAGGGUCAGUCAUAGUUAAUUGUUUUCCCCCACUUCCCAUAGCCUCGACUUUUAGCUUAGCUGCGGCAGUGAAGAUCUGGCCCUAAGCUAUUGCGACCCAACCCCCACCCUAAACAUUUCACAGGCUACUGGACUGCGGAAAGCUGAGGCUGCCAACUUUGGAGCCUAGGUUUCUCAGGACAUCAGGUCAAGCAACUGAGAGGUCCACCCAGGGGUAAAUUCCUCACAUAGUUUCUUCUCUCUUGGGACCAGCGCUUUAACAGCUGGGUUAAUGAGAUCGUGCAGACACGGUAACUAGGCGCAGAAAACAGCUGGACACGUUGCUGGGCGCCCAGACGGAACGUGAUCAGUAGUUCUCAGAAACCGCGUCUAAAUACCAGCUCCAACAGGCUUGUAGCGUCCGAGUGCGGAUAAGGCAAGAGCAAAAACGAGAAUAGUUUGGGCCUUUGGGGCCAAAUCUGCACUUCUGAGAGCUACUUUUACUGCUAGUUUUGAAAUUCAAUUUACCCAGAGGGAAGCGUUGCAGAGUGGCAACUGCAGCCAGUUAAAACUAAUAUUUGCACCCACACACUCCCCGGAUUCUUCACAGACAGGGAUGGAAGAGAAAACUUAGGAAGUUCAAGUUUGGCAUUAAACUAAAGGACUCGCCACCAUUCUGCACCUUCUUUAGGGAGUUCAUUUGACCGGAGCGCCUCACAGCUUAGUGCGCCUGCGCGUGCGCGGACUGCGGCCCCGCCUCCCCCUUGGGGACGUGAGACGUGCGUCCGGUCGCGGGACGCGGGCUGCGCAUGCGCCUUCAUUACGUCAGCCAGCUGCUCCGGGCUGCCAGCGGGAACCGCGGAGUGGACGAGUUUCGCUGCUGUGUUUCCCGUGCCUGUUAGGAGCAGCGCGCCCGCAGACUGAAAGAGGAAAGGAUAGAGGAAGUGCUCCCCUAGGCUGCAAGAGUCGAAGCAAGAGUAUUUCCUUCCCGCCAGGCAAGUGCCCAUAGAAACCGGGCCCCGCCCCCUUCCCGGCCUGCAUUCCCAUCCACUCUCCGGGGCGGAGGUGAGGACCUCCUUGGUUCCUGUGGUUCUGUCAGUGAGCCCCUUCCUUGGUCAUGAAGCUCGUGAGGAAGAACAUCGAGAAGGAUAAUGCAGGCCAGGUGACCCUGGUCCCCGAGGAGCCUGAGGACAUGUGGCACACUUACAACCUCGUGCAGGUGGGCGACAGCCUGCGCGCCUCCACCAUCCGCAAGGUACAGACCGAGUCCUCCACGGGCAGCGUGGGCAGCAAUCGGGUCCGCACUACCCUCACUCUCUGCGUGGAGGCCAUCGACUUCGACUCUCAAGCCUGCCAGCUGCGGGUUAAGGGGACCAACAUCCAAGAGAAUGAAUAUGUCAAGAUGGGAGCUUACCACACCAUCGAGCUGGAGCCCAACCGCCAGUUCACCCUGGCCAAGAAACAGUGGGAUAGUGUGGUUCUGGAGCGCAUCGAGCAGGCCUGUGACCCAGCCUGGAGCGCUGAUGUGGCGGCUGUGGUCAUGCAGGAAGGCCUCGCCCAUAUCUGCUUAGUCACUCCCAGCAUGACCCUCACUCGGGCCAAGGUGGAGGUGAACAUCCCUAGGAAAAGGAAAGGCAAUUGCUCUCAGCAUGACCGGGCCUUGGAGCGGUUCUAUGAACAGGUGGUCCAGGCUAUCCAGCGCCACAUACACUUUGAUGUUGUAAAGUGCAUCCUGGUGGCCAGCCCAGGAUUUGUGAGGGAGCAGUUCUGCGACUACAUGUUUCAACAAGCAGUGAAGACCGACAACAAACUGCUCCUGGAAAACCGGUCCAAAUUUCUUCAGGUACAUGCCUCCUCCGGACACAAGUACUCCCUGAAAGAGGCCCUUUGUGACCCUACUGUAGCUAGCCGCCUUUCAGACACUAAAGCUGCUGGGGAAGUCAAAGCCUUGGAUGACUUCUAUAAAAUGUUACAACAUGAACCGGAUCGAGCUUUCUAUGGACUCAAGCAGGUGGAGAAGGCCAAUGAAGCCAUGGCAAUUGACACAUUGCUCAUCAGCGAUGAGCUCUUCAGGCAUCAGGAUGUAGCCACACGGAGCCGGUAUGUGAGGCUGGUGGACAGUGUGAAAGAGAAUGCAGGCACAGUUAGGAUAUUCUCUAGUCUUCACGUUUCUGGGGAACAGCUCAGCCAGUUGACUGGGGUAGCUGCCAUUCUCCGCUUCCCUGUUCCUGAACUCUCUGACCAAGAGGAUGAUUCCAGUUCUGAAGAGGAUUAAUGAUUAAAACUUAAAACUGAGACAAUCUUGUGUCUCCUAAACUGUUAACAGUACAUUUCUCAGCUUCCUUGUGACAGAAAGCUGCAAGAGUGGCACUUUUUGAUUCAUACAGGGAUUUCUUAUGUAUUUGGCUACACUAGAUACUUUGUGAUUGCUAGGACAUGUAUUUAAACAAUAAACUAAAAGGAAAUAAUCUCCACGUACUACCA